AUGGGCUCGGAGCCCUUGCCAUUGGCGGAGCGGACUUUCCUGGCGGCCUGCACGAGGUGCUCGGCGCAGCUGCGGAUCGUGGACGACCUACCUGCCUCGGCCGAGCAGGUGGUGCGGGACUCCUUCCGAGGCUCCCUGGGGGAUUCCUUCGUGGUGGUGCCGCGGAGCGACCCCGACGAGUUCGUAGAGCGCCCCGCGCAGGCACGGACGGAUGGCGCGCCGCUGUCCGUGGCCAGCCUGGAGAAGGUGACUCGCAUCGAGCGCAUCAUGUCCCUGGCCUCUGGGCAGACAGACCAGGACCAUCCCGUCUGCGCCGACUGCCUGCGCCUCACGGUGGCCGAGGUACAGCGGCAGGUGGACCAGGCCGCGGACGAGCACCGCGCCUACCAGGAGGCGCACGGCAGGCUGCGGGAGGAGCUGGAGGCCUUCUCCGCGGAGGAGGCGGCCCAGCUCGAGGCCGACAUUGCCGAGCUCGAGGCGGAAGAGGAGCGCCUCACCGCCGAGCUCGCGGGUCACUGCCGGGAGGAGGCGCAGCUGCGGGAGGAGCUGGAGCGGCAGCGGCGGCAGGAGGAGCAGCUGCAGCGGGGGGAGGAGGAGUUCUGGCUGAGCGCCGCCGAGUACGAGCUCGACGCCGAAGAGGGCGAGGAGGAGCGGGCCGUCACGCAGAGCGCCAUCCAGUACGCCACCAGCGAGCUGCACAGACUGAAGCGCACGAACGUGCUGAACGACAUGUUCUUCAUCAAGGACGAGGGGCAGUUCGGGACCAUCAGCCGCUUCCGCCUGGGCCGGCUGCCGGACCACCCCGUGCAGUGGGAGGAGAUCAACGCCGCUUGGGGUCAGGCCUGUCUGCUGCUCGACGCGCUUGUCAAGAUGUCUGGUACCUGUCUUCAGCAGUACAGGUUAAAGCCCAACGGCAGCUACAGCUCCAUACAGGCCGGCGGGGACGUUCUGGGCUUGUACAGCGGUGACGGCGGGCUCACAAGCUUCUUCCUCGACCGGCGGUUUGACCAGGCCAUGGCCGCCUUCCUGAAGUGCUUGCACCAGGUGGCGAAGACCCUGGCGCCCCACAAGAUAGACCAGCUGCCCUACAAGAUCGAUGGCGACAAGGUAGGGGGAUUCUCCGUCCGCCAGCAGUUCAAUCAGGACGAGAAGUGGACGAAGGCCCUUAAGUUCAUGCUGACGGAUCUGAAGUGGCUCAUUCCGUGCGCACAGGCGCGAGAUCUGGCAGACAGAGGGGUUGCAGUCGGGCAGUCCUCGUAG